CAGAAUGAAAUAUGAAGCGAUUCGAUUCGACAUUCGAAAUCCCAUAUCCCACCACUAAUACUUAGUAUGUACGUGUUGUUAAGGGUAACAUAACCUUAGAUGCAUUAAUGCUUAAACUAAACGUGUCUGGUUUUAUAGUUGUAUAAUAAAAUUAUGUAAAAAAUGGAUCACGAAGAAGAGUUUCUUAACACUUUUUUCACUCAAGUUGCACAAUUGUGUACAGACAAAGCCAAGGAGUUAAUUGAAAAGGAACGUGGAUCAUGCCGUCAAACACAGAUGGGUCCAUGGGGUAUGUUACUUAUGCAUUUACCACAAAUAGCAGUAGCGGAACAUUCAUAUGCAGAUAUGGGUUUUCUUCAUACUAAAAAUAAAGGAUUUUUAAGGAAAGAUAAUUCCUUAAGAACAGUAUAUGAAUUGUUGAAGUCUGAUCUAAAAAGAAUGGAAGAAAUGACUAGGGGUACCAACUCUAUUGGUGCAACGGUUGCAGAGGUUUCUAAUCAACUGUGCCAAUAUAUUACAGCAAAAAUACAGCUAAUAGAUUUCUAUGAAAAAAUGUACAAUAUGAGUAUAAAUAGUAAAGUUAUGAAAUACCAAGAAUUAUUGCAGUACAUAGAAGGAAUAGUGGAAAGUCAUUCUUUGUCUUGUUCACAUUUAGCGUUAACUGCAUUUAAGACAAGCUUAACGUUAGAGUGUGAAAUAUUAGUGCAACUAACGAAAGCACAAGUUGAGCUCCAACAUUGGAGAUUUUUAUCAACGUUAAUGUCUCUUUACGGCGCGCAAGCACGAAUGUCGGCUUGGGAAAGAACUUUGCAAAACAAAGAGUCUUGGAAAUUAGGUUUUGGUGCAACUUUUUUAAAAGCAAAUCAGCAACCAGCAUUGUACCAAUGGUUAGUGAAACUACGCAGUAAUAUAUUAGCUAAAUGCUCUUUAUAUUUCCACACUACUUUAAGUCAACAGGCUAGUCCAGGAGAAAUGAGAAGCAUCAUGAGCAAGCAAAAUGUGGAUUACUAUCAUAAAAUACAAAGUUUCCAACGUAAACAUGAUGUUUUAGCAGUUUUAAUAAUAUUUGACUCUAGAGGAGUAGAAGAUUCAGGACCAGGUUAUAGACAUCCUCGCAGGGAGCCAAAUACUUCUGAACAUUUCCCUGUUGUCCUCAGUUGCCCUGGUAUGUUUGUACAAAAUUCGUCGACUCAUCUAGAAAAUAUACAGAAACGAAUUAAAGAACGACAAGCAGAACUUCUUUCUAUGGAUAAAAUUAUUUAUAGUAAAAAUGUAAAGGAUUCAUGUGUAUAUGCCAUGUAUAAUACUGACCCCAGAAUGACACUUGUCACUGUGUUUGAAAGUGGUAAACAGAGAGAUAAGGAAUCUCAUGUAACGUCGUUUAUGACAGAUUUAUGUAUGCAAAUUAGAUGCAACAAAGUUUAUGAAUCGUUAAAAUUAUCGAAUUUCUAAAGUAGGUAAAAGUUCUUGGGUAGCCACAAUUGGACCAUGGUGAGCUUGUACUAGGCAUAAUGCUAAUCUUGCAAGUAACUCUGUGUGAUAAUCUGAUUCUAAUAGUUUGGGAAGCAUUUGGAGAAUUUCACAGGCGGCUGAAUAUGGCAACAAUAGUAACGUUUCUUCCAAAUCGCUAAAAAUGAUUAUUUUAUUAUGUAAUUUAUUUGUAUUAUUAAUGUCCGUGUAAUAUAUAGGGCGUUAAUAAAUAUGUGAAAUCAGAAGCGCUUGUAUCUAAAUAACGAAGCCUUGGAUCGCCGAAUGGUAAUGGGUUUUUCGAUUUCCCUUUACACAA